AUGUCUGCCCCAUCAGAUCACCACAUUCCGGUCGAAGCACAGCUCGAUACAAUACAAAAGGCGGAAUUUGGCGACAACGAUCUUUCUGAUACUGUCGGCCUUUCAGACAACGACGAUGGCUUUGUCGACUUCACAGAAGCAGAGCUCGAGGCUCAAAGCAACAUGACUGUGGAGCAAGCACAAGCUGAGAACGAUGAAGUCUCUCGAAGGCAGGGACUCGUCAAUGUGCUGGGAAUUUGGAUACGUAGACCUGUCGAGACAAGAUCAUUUCCUACGGUCGACGAUGUUCGUACCAGCAAGGCCCUCGAUUAUGCUUCUGUCAAUCUUGUCCAGCUUGAUCCGCCAGGCACAAGAAAAGAGAAGAUCAUCCAAGACGUUGGGCAUGCCAAAUUGAAGAUUGUCCAUGAGCCAAGUCCUCCAACUCCAGUCGCCGAGUCCUUUCAAGAUCGCUUUACUCCUCAUAGUCAGAUUUCCUUGACCAACAUGGAGCACGGUCCAGGCGUCAAGCUCAGGGUGACACUAUACCGAUCCACCUCAGGCACAGACAAGCCAAUCUCCCACUCUUCGGAUGUUGUGUUCUUCUUCGGAGAACUGGAGAACCACGAACGCCGUUCCGAUGACAGACUGUACCACUGCAUCAUGCCCAGAACUUUCAAAGUGGACCUCAUUGAAUCUACGGACCCCAGCCGAGGAUGCAUUCUCUCCUUUCAAUCCCAGGGUGCUGUGGGCUACAGUCUCAAGCCACCAAGCGAGCACUUCCCGGCGAGCGGCGCUCACGCUCUGGACGUGGCGGAGAAAUCGCUUCUAGCGUCCAUUGCCAAGUAUGCUUCAAAUGCAUCCGAGACCAUCGCCGUCGAAUUACACUGCAUACCGUUUGGAGAAGGACCAAUGACUGCCAAGGCACAACAGCAGCUUCUUUCAUUCAUAGAGCAUUCAAAGAAGCUCGCCGACCGAUCUUGGCCAGCAGUUACCCGAGCACAUCUCUGGCCUUACAGAAGCAUCGGCCGCACUUCAUCCGAACACGUGCUGUCCCGGGCUAAAGUAGUCCAGACACAACCGUUUGCGCCUUUCGUCGCCUUUCCAAGAGUCUUUCGCUUUCCAGAUGCAAGAAUCGCACAAGUCAUGCUUGGACACGGUUUCACCAACGACUUCAACAUCUACAGAGCUCGGGUCGAGCUCUUACAAACAGUCGACAUCACUGGUCCAGCUAGCCAGGAUGAUGGUCAGCUGAAGUUGCCGCCACACACGAACAUCAAAGUCUCGAUCAGGACCCCCUUCGACAUGUACCCGGUCACAGUCUCAGGCUUCACGGUCGACAACGAUAUGGGCAUGACACAGUGCGAUGUCGUUGUGCUGGUCCCAGCGCCAGGGGCAUGGAAACUCAGCAACCAACAAUCGACAUAUCGCUCACCAGAGGACAUGCAUGCGCCCAGGCGAUUCUCCUGCUCGAUCGAAGUGGAGUUGGCCAGGAUUCGACUCAACCUUCCGCUACGAGCAAUCUACAUGGCGUACUCCUACGGCGAGGAACGGAACCACACAGAUCCGAUUACAGGGCCAUCGGGCACUGGCAAGACAUUGCUACUAGUCAUGAAGAUCAUCGUCCUCGCGCGUGCCGGCCAGUGUGUUUUCCUCACCAGCGAGCGCAACCCGGUCGUAGACAAUUUGAUGGACGUCUUGGCCCGCUACUGGCCGAAGUACUUGGCGAAGCCUGUGCGUGCUCACGCAAAAGGGCUCUCGCCGGCUGAGCUGGCUCGUCAGCAUUCGACGUCAAGCAUGAGACCGGGACAGGAGGCUCCCAAGACCUCCAAGCACGCCGAUGGACCCGAAGGACUCAAUUUGUCUGCCAAUCUUCGCUCCAAGCAGGCAGAACACCAGCGAAAGCGGCAAGCCAGCGAUAUGUGGACCGUUGAGGCUCACAUUCUAGACCUGAUUGCUGCUGGCACAAAGGUCUUCGCCCAAUUCACUCAAGGCAGGACGUCUUCCGGUAGGCCCGCUGUCAGCCACUCCGACUACAUUGACAACCGAAUCGACAUGGUGGCUUACCUCAAAGACUUCCUCUCAGAACUGCAGCUUCAUCCUCUGACCGACAGCACGCACUGGUCGCCGCCUCGACUUGACCUCGUUCGACAAGCCCUGAAGUUCCUUCAAAUGCACAUUCUUCGAAGAGCUUCGGUACUGCUCUGCACAAUGCACAAUAGCGCAUCCGACGAAGUCAGCAACUAUUUCGCAGAUGACAAGCGCGAGGUCUGGGUGGAAGUCGACGAAGCAUUUGACAUCUCCGAACCGAACAUGCUCAUCCCGCUCACGAUUCCGCUCUGGGCUGACAGAAUCGUAUCGGUCGUCAUGUACAGUGAUCCAGAGCAAGCCAGCCCUAUCGCAUUCGGUGCUUCCGGCCCACCGACUAUUGGUGUGCCCGCGUUCAACGAGUUCGCUAGCCAAAUGCAAUUCUCCCUCCUGGCUCGCCUGAUCAAGGCAGGUCUCGAACCUGAUGAACUUCGCCACCAAGCCCGAAUGCACAGUGCAGUAUUUGCGCCUGCCAACGAAUGCUUCUACCGAGGCCGCAUGGAGUCUCUCCCUGACGAUGAUCUCCGGUUCGCCCUCCCAGAUGGCUACCAACAAGCACUUCUCCAGCUGCGCGACCUUGACGCCAAGACAGUCUUCUCAGAGCUCCAAAAGCGAAUGGUUCUCCUCAAGAUCAAAGGCGCCGUCUGCACGCGAGCCGAUUCCAAUUCCAGAAGUAACCCCACGACCGCCGACUAUGUCUUCCGGACUGUUUUCCCUUUGUUCCACCGACUCUUCGGCAAGCAAACCAAGACCAUGGUCGCCCUACUUACUCCCUACCGACAGCAGUCCUGCGCCUACAAGGCCAUGAUUCUACAAGCGGUAGAGACCUCCGAUCGGACAGAAGACGACUUUCCCCAAGUUGCAACAGUGGACUCCUUCGUUGGCCGCGAGGCGCCUUUCGUCGUCAUCGACUUGGUCAUCGAUGGCACAUCCACUGCGGACAUCGGAUUCCUGAAGGAGAAGCACCGCGUGUGUGGUAUGGAGACUCGUGGCUUCAAGGCGACCUGGCAUAUCAUGGGCGUCAAGGACGAAGGGAGCUAUUUGAAGGAUGUGUUUGGCAAGGCUUGGGUGAAAGACAAGGCGUUCACGUGGUAUCUGGACUACAUGGAGAAGAACGGACUAAGAGAGAAUGAUCAUGCUUUGGUGUUCAGACAGGCGCAAUUGCUGGGCUAUGGUAAAGGUCGAAUGUCUGCCACUUGCUUUGAGGAAAGCUAA